GCAAGAAGGCCACGUUCUCUCCACCUUCUAUCUAACCACACCCCUAUUUUUCUCUCUUGUGUCUUUGGUUCCAUGUCAAGAUCUACGAGUUUGUGAUCCCGCUCUAUAAUUGAACCACCAAUCUUCCCGUUCCUCGUUUUAUAGACCCCUCCCGAGCAACCGGGCACAACCUACUCAAGCCCAGCACUUAAGAUUGUCGAAACCUCAAUCAUGGCGCCUCCCCUGACCGUUUUGGAUUUACUGAACAAAGUCGAUGGGUUCCCAUACCCUGAGGGAGACCCCUCGCGGUACUCGGAAGAGAUGAAAAGACUCUACACUUUCACAUGGACGGACAGUGAGGGAACAUUCCCAAUCGGCUAUGUGCCAGUGUCAGUCAUCGAGGCCCUGGAGAAGACCGCCGAGGAUAUCAGGGGCCCAAUGAAGCUCGACCAUGAUGCCAGGACGAUUAGGCUAUUCCAUGAGCCAGCCACUGAAGAAGAGCGCACCCACCUCGUCGCCCGGCUGACGGCACACUGGCGCCGGGAUCGGACAUUCCUGAUCCUCAAGGGAUGGCGCGACGAGCCCUUCCCCGUCUACGGCCGAAAGGGUGAACUGUUGUUCAGCGUCGAGCGAGUUGCCGUGGGGUUGUUUGGAUUUGCGCGCUACGGCAUACACAUGACAGCCUUCGUCCGUCGCAUUGACGAUAAGAGCCGCUAUGACUUUCGUAUCUGGGUACCCAAGCGUGCCGCCGACAAGUCGACGUACCCAAGCAUGCUGGACAACACGGCUGCUGGCGGGUUGACGACCAACGAAGACCCCUUUGAGUGCGUCAUUCGCGAGUCCGACGAGGAGGCGUCGCUACCGGAGGACUUUAUGCGCAAGCACAUCAAGGAAACGGGCAUCAUCACGUACAUUUACAUCACGGACGAACGCGCUGGCGGGGAACCGGGUUGGAUUUAUCCAGAGUGCCAAUGGGUCUAUGACCUUGAGCUCCCCGCAGAUGGCAGCAUCACCCCGCACCCCAAAGACGGGGAGGUUGAGAGUUUCAGCCUCCGGACCGUGGAGGAAAUCCAGGAGCAGCUGGCUCAGGGGCUGUGGAAGCCAAAUUGCGCCAUGGUCAUGCUCGAUUUCUUCGCCCGGCACGGGAUACUAACACCCGAGAACGAGCCGCACUACGAUGAGCUCCGCGCCAGGGCACACCGCCUCAUCGAGUUUCCCGGCCCGCACUGGCCAAACUGGCAGCAUGUCUCUCCACCGGAGAGGAAGGCAUAGAGCGGCAAGCAGCGGGCGGUUGAAUAAUAGACGCAUCGUCCCGGGUAUCGUUUGACCUUGCUCGCCAAACCUUCCUUAAAACAUUAAGUUGCCAUUUCCUGAACGCCAGAUAUCCCAUGAGAAUCUCUUCUCAUCAUGCCGCAAAUCAUCUAUAUCCUCCUAAAAUCCAAACUCCGUAUGUCUUGAGGGAAAGCCCGAUCAUCGCUUCCGGACAAGGAGGUAGACAUAAUCCACACGCAGGGGCGUCAGCUUCUUGUACGGCCCCUCGAGCGACAUCAACAGACCGCCAAACGAAAUAUACGCCUUGCUGUUUCCCAG